GACCUUUACAUUGAACGUUGAUACGGCCUGGGGUCACAAAUUGAUUUGAACGUGUGCUACCUUAGGGAUUGGAUCCAUAUUUUUGUAACAUCAUGGGGGAACGUCCGAUAUGUUUCAACCUUUUAUUAAAAGAUGAAUUGACAUACGAGGCCACAGUCCGAGGUGUCAAACCUGAGGCCACUGCGGACCAAUUAAGAUUACAAUUAACAGAAUUAGCUACGCGGGUGCCUUCGGACGAGGUUAUUUACUUUGAGGGAGAUGUUACCUCAGAGUUAGAAAAAGUUAAAAACAAAAUUAAAGACUUGCAGAGCUCACUUUCAAAACCAAAUUUGCAGUUAAAACACAUCAAGCGUUGCGAAUCAUUGGCUAACCAUUUAUAUCACCGCUUAGGUCGUAUAAAUGCCGUCAGUAAGGAGGAGACUUGUAUGCUCGGGGACUUGCUCUUACAACUCGAAUCUAGGGACAGCGAACUGAGGUACAUUUCUAAAGCUUAUCAGGAGCAGGAAAAGAAACAGGAUAUCCCUGUCGUAGGGUGUAUAGAGCCAUGUCCUAAGGUGGACCACACACAGAUCCAAAAACUGAACCUUGUCUUUAACGGCAGUGAUAGUGUACAGGCAUUCGUGCAGCGACUGGAGGAGCUUUGCAAUUCUCGAGGUAUCUCUGAGGAGACGUUAUUUAAUUCCGUCGCAGAAAUUUUUAGCGGUGACGCCUUGUUUUGGUUUCGGGGUGUCAAGGAGGAGGUCUCGAGUUGGAAAGAGGUUAAGGCUCGUUUGUAUGAGGAGUUCCUGCCAUUCGAUUAUAAUCGGCGUUUAUUACAGGAGGUGCGGUCGCGGACACAAGGUGCUGAUGAAUCCAUCAUAAAGUACUUAAGCACAAUGCGGAAUUAUUUUUCUAGGCUCAGCGUGCCGUUACCGGAGUCAGAGCAGCUGGAGAUAGUACAAGGUAACCUUAGACCGUUUUACACGAGUCAGCUUGCUCUUACAAACGUCGGGAACUGGAACGAGCUGAAGGAACGCUGUAGGCAGCUGGAGUACGCCAAAUACCGAGCAGACUCUUUUGCGGAGCCGCCCCGAGUUUCUGCGAAUUCGGUAGCGCCGGACUUAGCCUAUCAGGCUAGGAACCGACUUUCGGUUAACGCCGUGGACACCGAGGUGGACUUAUUUUGCGUUCGUUGCAGGGUUCUUGGACAUGGCCUUUGGCAAUGUAGUGCACCACCCACCCAAUUGUGUUACUCUUGUGGUUUAAAGGGUGCCACCUUGCACACGUGCCCACGGUGUGGUCCGUCAGUCGCUGAGCCACCGAAACUACAACAAAAGCCAGAUCCUGCUGGACCAACCGUUGCUGGGGUAAGCGUGAACAACGAGCAGCCUGGAACCAAAUCCUCCGGCAGUGGUCGCCGUCGCCGCCACCGCCGUCGCCGCCGCUGUGAAGAGGCAGGUGAUGGAGACGCGGACAGUGGCUUGCGACCUUAUUUAGAUGUCGCGAUUUACCACCAUCGUUGCAGAGGGUUGUUGGAUUCGGGUUCUACAGUUUCGGUCAUUGGCGGAAAGGCGGCCCAAUCCCUCUCCAGUUGUGGUACGUUGUAUCCAGCUGAGGAGAAAUCCAUUAUCACGGCUAAUGGAUCACAUUCUCCGGUUUCGGGUUUUAAGAUUUUACCGGUGACUGUAGAGGAUGUUACGGCUUUCGUGAAAUUUUAUGUCGUUCCUGAUAUUUCUUCAGAAUUGCUGUUAGGUAUAGAUUUCUGGCGUGCUUUUAAUAUCGCACCUGAUGUUCUGAACCUACUCAAUAAAAGAGGAGUCUCUAAAAGCAGGGAACCGUAUGCAAGUGAGGUUAGACAUUUGAACUCAUGCAACGAGUUGAGUGCUUCGAAGUGUGUACCGGCUGAUAACGCUACUGCCAGUUUGGUAGUUCGUGGUCGUCGCUCACAGGAUUGCCAACUCAGUAGGGUUCGUCGAAGCAUGGAUUCAAAGUCGUACUUGACUGCUAGUUUGACUCCGAAUUACGAGAGGUAUACAGUAGUUCAACAAGUGUCUGGAUUUGUCUACAUUCUUGAAGAUAGCAAUGGGAACCAGACAGAGUGUCACGCCAGGGAUAUUCUCUGUAGAAUUGAUGUUCCGUAGGCCACCUUUGUGUGUGUUGACUUACUCUAUUGAGUAAGCCAGCAAUGCCAAGGGCUCAUUUACUAUGCGUCGUUGUGUUGCAAAGUGAGUGAAUAGUUUCGUAGGCCACCUUUGUGUGUGUUGACUUACUCUAUUGAGUAGGCCAACAAUGCUAAGGACUCAUUCACUUUGCGUCGUUGAGUUUUUUUUUGUGGGAUUUUCCAUUUAAUUUAUUUCAGGGUUUAUCUCAUUGCUUAGGGACUCUACUGAGUCGGUGAGUGAUCUUAACCUUAUUGAUAUUCACUGGGUUUUCCAGCUAUUAUCUUUGAUUUAGGUUUCUCUUAAAUGAGUGACCCACAUAUUCCGAUUGUUUUAGGUGUUUCGGAUUUAGAGAUGGAGGGCCAUCUUUGAAUUUUUCUCGUACCCUCGAAAAAUUCUGGUGGGGACGGGGGUACUGCAACACCAUUAUUUUUGUAACUUAACAUUUCGUUAUUGUUUACAUUCUGUUUGUUUACUUUGUUAGUCUUGUCAAGUAUCAGCUGUCAAAUUCGACACACAGGAUAGAUUUUCAGUUGUUGUCUGUGGUCCUUUGAGAAAACUCGUGCUAGAUCGUCAUCGGACAGUGGUCAGUGGCGACAUGACGCUCAGAACAAUGAUCGUGCUGACUGGCCACAGACUAGUUUUGUGACGAUGAGCUGACAUCCCCGGUGACGGCUUUUUUCGGAACUGGCAAGGAGGCAAACCAUUCUCUGUCAGAACGUCUCGAGUAAAAUUAAAUGUGUGGUUAGAUUUUUCUUCCCGCCCGCGUGGCGCAGGCCGUAUUGGUACCAAGUUCCUUGCUUCAUAUUUCCUGUUACCAGAUACGUGCCACAGACACCCACGCAGCAUCACACCAUGUGUACCUAACCUGAAUUGCCGACAAUUUCAAUCCUGCCCGGUGAAGCGUGCGAUUGCCAGACGCGUGUCACCUGACCCAACCCCAAGAAGGUGUCGUUGGUGACCAGAGCCGUCAGCGAGCCACGAGCCGUCCGGAGCUCCUGUCCUGGCCCCGUCCGACAGUCCAGGUUGGCCGUUGUAUGUUCGUUGAGCGGAUACUGAGGAAUUUCCUUAGGAUUUCUAUUAAUCUUCAGCGGCAUCAGCCUUCUAACGCCGCUGCUGAAUGUAGGAUUGCAAAGGCAGAACCCGGGUGGACUCUAGCGGGUUAAAACCUUUAUUUUAUUAUUUUUUCUUCAUAGGGAGCCCCGUUAGAACGGGCAGUAGUAUCUAAAUUGCACUUUGAACCUUUUGUAGGCGCUAGGCUAUCAACGUCCUUCGGUUACGGGGCCUUAACGUUAAACUGCUAUCCCAUUGAAGUAAUAUAGAAGUUCCUCUGUGGUUAAUACCAUCCUUCUACCCCUGUGGCGUGAAACGCAGCGGUGGAACCUUGGUUUCUCCACUCUUAUAUAAUUUCCUUGCAAUACCUUGCGUACUUCAACCAGACAAUUAUAAGGACUUAAUCCCUGGUCUCAUUUAAGUAGUAUAAGAGUUUCUCUGUGGUUAAUACCAUCCUUCUACCCCUGUGGCGUGAAACGCAGUGGUGGAACUUUGGUUUCUCCACUCUUAUAUAAUUUCUAUAUAAUAAAUAUUAAUAAUUGUACAACAUUCUGAUAUUUUUAUUUUCCACCUCAUUGUAAUUUCACCACCCACUACACAGUGGAAAAUAGGCUUACAUUUGGCGCCCGAACAGGGACUAAUCCGUUAGCUUAUAGUCUAAUCUAUCGCUUAGACAGGCCUGAGUCCACCCGGGGGGGUAAUUAGAAAUUAAUUAGUCUUAUAAUUUCUUGUGUGUGUUUUGCGUGUGUCAUCGUGACGUGCUGACAGAGAAUCACUGCAGAAGGUUUCCUUUUUUUUUUAAUUUAUUAACUUAAUAAGGCUGUAUUUUUUUUGUGUGGAUAUUGUGUUAAAAAUUUUAACCUCUUAUUUCAGACAUUUUAUUUUAUUGACUGAACAUGCCUUAUUUUUUUUUUUGUUGAGAUUGCGUUAAAUUUGUAUAACCUCUUAUUCCAAACGUUAUUCAAAGGAAAACCUUCUGCUGGAAUUUUAUUUAGUUAAUUAUUGAACAAUUAAAUAUUGAACAGUUGGUGAUUGUUUUUAAACAAUUUUGCUGAGACAUUGUUAUUGUCUGUUUAACUUAAACACUCAACUUUUAAUAAUUACAGUUUUGUUUUAUCAAUUUUUUAUAAAAAUAACCAAAUUUUUUUUACAAGGUCAACCUUUUAUGAGUUAAUAUAUUGUUUUACACAUCAUUUAACUGUCAGUUAUAACUUAACUUUACUUAAGUUUAAUAUUGUACCUGGACUUACUGAAACAUACUUUAAGGAGGAAGCAUUUAUUUUGAAGAUAUUGUUGUUUAUUGUUCUGCUUUUACAUUGAACGUUGCGUGUUUUACAUAACCAUUUAACUGUCAGUUAUAACUUAACUUUAUUUAAGUUUACUUACUUACUUAGACUUACUGAAACACACUUUAAUGGGAAAGCAUUUAUUUUUAUAUUGGUGUUUAUUGUUUGACCUUUACAUUGAACGUUGAUACGGCCUGGGGUCACAAAUUGAUUUGAACGUGUGCUACCUUAGGGAUUGGAUCCAUAUUUUUGUAACAUCAUGGGGGAACGUCCGAUAUGUUUCAACCUUUUAUUAAAAGAUGAAUUGACAUACGAGGCCACAGUCCGAGGUGUCAAACCUGAGGCCACUGCGGACCAAUUAAGAUUACAAUUAACAGAAUUAGCUACGCGGGUGCCUUCGGACGAGGUUAUUUACUUUGAGGGAGAUGUUACCUCAGAGUUAGAAAAAGUUAAAAACAAAAUUAAAGACUUGCAGAGCUCACUUUCAAAACCAAAUUUGCAGUUAAAACACAUCAAGCGUUGCGAAUCAUUGGCUAACCAUUUAUAUCACCGCUUAGGUCGUAUAAAUGCCGUCAGUAAGGAGGAGACUUGUAUGCUCGGGGACUUGCUCUUACAACUCGAAUCUAGGGACAGCGAACUGAGGUACAUUUCUAAAGCUUAUCAGGAGCAGGAAAAGAAACAGGAUAUCCCUGUCGUAGGGUGUAUAGAGCCAUGUCCUAAGGUGGACCACACACAGAUCCAAAAACUGAACCUUGUCUUUAACGGCAGUGAUAGUGUACAGGCAUUCGUGCAGCGACUGGAGGAGCUUUGCAAUUCUCGAGGUAUCUCUGAGGAGACGUUAUUUAAUUCCGUCGCAGAAAUUUUUAGCGGUGACGCCUUGUUUUGGUUUCGGGGUGUCAAGGAGGAGGUCUCGAGUUGGAAAGAGGUUAAGGCUCGUUUGUAUGAGGAGUUCCUGCCAUUCGAUUAUAAUCGGCGUUUAUUACAGGAGGUGCGGUCGCGGACACAAGGUGCUGAUGAAUCCAUCAUAAAGUACUUAAGCACAAUGCGGAAUUAUUUUUCUAGGCUCAGCGUGCCGUUACCGGAGUCAGAGCAGCUGGAGAUAGUACAAGGUAACCUUAGACCGUUUUACACGAGUCAGCUUGCUCUUACAAACGUCGGGAACUGGAACGAGCUGAAGGAACGCUGUAGGCAGCUGGAGUACGCCAAAUACCGAGCAGACUCUUUUGCGGAGCCGCCCCGAGUUUCUGCGAAUUCGGUAGCGCCGGACUUAGCCUAUCAGGCUAGGAACCGACUUUCGGUUAACGCCGUGGACACCGAGGUGGACUUAUUUUGCGUUCGUUGCAGGGUUCUUGGACAUGGCCUUUGGCAAUGUAGUGCACCACCCACCCAAUUGUGUUACUCUUGUGGUUUAAAGGGUGCCACCUUGCACACGUGCCCACGGUGUGGUCCGUCAGUCGCUGAGCCACCGAAACUACAACAAAAGCCAGAUCCUGCUGGACCAACCGUUGCUGGGGUAAGCGUGAACAACGAGCAGCCUGGAACCAAAUCCUCCGGCAGUGGUCGCCGUCGCCGCCACCGCCGUCGCCGCCGCUGUGAAGAGGCAGGUGAUGGAGACGCGGACAGUGGCUUGCGACCUUAUUUAGAUGUCGCGAUUUACCACCAUCGUUGCAGAGGGUUGUUGGAUUCGGGUUCUACAGUUUCGGUCAUUGGCGGAAAGGCGGCCCAAUCCCUCUCCAGUUGUGGUACGUUGUAUCCAGCUGAGGAGAAAUCCAUUAUCACGGCUAAUGGAUCACAUUCUCCGGUUUCGGGUUUUAAGAUUUUACCGGUGACUGUAGAGGAUGUUACGGCUUUCGUGAAAUUUUAUGUCGUUCCUGAUAUUUCUUCAGAAUUGCUGUUAGGUAUAGAUUUCUGGCGUGCUUUUAAUAUCGCACCUGAUGUUCUGAACCUACUCAAUAAAAGAGGAGUCUCUAAAAGCAGGGAACCGUAUGCAAGUGAGGUUAGACAUUUGAACUCAUGCAACGAGUUGAGUGCUUCGAAGUGUGUACCGGCUGAUAACGCUACUGCCAGUUUGGUAGUUCGUGGUCGUCGCUCACAGGAUUGCCAACUCAGUAGGGUUCGUCGAAGCAUGGAUUCAAAGUCGUACUUGACUGCUAGUUUGACUCCGAAUUACGAGAGGUAUACAGUAGUUCAACAAGUGUCUGGAUUUGUCUACAUUCUUGAAGAUAGCAAUGGGAACCAGACAGAGUGUCACGCCAGGGAUAUUCUCUGUAGAAUUGAUGUUCCGUAGGCCACCUUUGUGUGUGUUGACUUACUCUAUUGAGUAAGCCAGCAAUGCCAAGGGCUCAUUUACUAUGCGUCGUUGUGUUGCAAAGUGAGUGAAUAGUUUCGUAGGCCACCUUUGUGUGUGUUGACUUACUCUAUUGAGUAGGCCAACAAUGCUAAGGACUCAUUCACUUUGCGUCGUUGAGUUUUUUUUUGUGGGAUUUUCCAUUUAAUUUAUUUCAGGGUUUAUCUCAUUGCUUAGGGACUCUACUGAGUCGGUGAGUGAUCUUAACCUUAUUGAUAUUCACUGGGUUUUCCAGCUAUUAUCUUUGAUUUAGGUUUCUCUUAAAUGAGUGACCCACAUAUUCCGAUUGUUUUAGGUGUUUCGGAUUUAGAGAUGGAGGGCCAUCUUUGAAUUUUUCUCGUACCCUCGAAAAAUUCUGGUGGGGACGGGGGUACUGCAACACCAUUAUUUUUGUAACUUAACAUUUCGUUAUUGUUUACAUUCUGUUUGUUUACUUUGUUAGUCUUGUCAAGUAUCAGCUGUCAAAUUCGACACACAGGAUAGAUUUUCAGUUGUUGUCUGUGGUCCUUUGAGAAAACUCGUGCUAGAUCGUCAUCGGACAGUGGUCAGUGGCGACAUGACGCUCAGAACAAUGAUCGUGCUGACUGGCCACAGACUAGUUUUGUGACGAUGAGCUGACAUCCCCGGUGACGGCUUUUUUCGGAACUGGCAAGGAGGCAAACCAUUCUCUGUCAGAACGUCUCGAGUAAAAUUAAAUGUGUGGUUAGAUUUUUCUUCCCGCCCGCGUGGCGCAGGCCGUAUUGGUACCAAGUUCCUUGCUUCAUAUUUCCUGUUACCAGAUACGUGCCACAGACACCCACGCAGCAUCACACCAUGUGUACCUAACCUGAAUUGCCGACAAUUUCAAUCCUGCCCGGUGAAGCGUGCGAUUGCCAGACGCGUGUCACCUGACCCAACCCCAAGAAGGUGUCGUUGGUGACCAGAGCCGUCAGCGAGCCACGAGCCGUCCGGAGCUCCUGUCCUGGCCCCGUCCGACAGUCCAGGUUGGCCGUUGUAUGUUCGUUGAGCGGAUACUGAGGAAUUUCCUUAGGAUUUCUAUUAAUCUUCAGCGGCAUCAGCCUUCUAACGCCGCUGCUGAAUGUAGGAUUGCAAAGGCAGAACCCGGGUGGACUCUAGCGGGUUAAAACCUUUAUUUUAUUAUUUUUUCUUCAUAGGGAGCCCCGUUAGAACGGGCAGUAGUAUCUAAAUUGCACUUUGAACCUUUUGUAGGCGCUAGGCUAUCAACGUCCUUCGGUUACGGGGCCUUAACGUUAAACUGCUAUCCCAUUGAAGUAAUAUAGAAGUUCCUCUGUGGUUAAUACCAUCCUUCUACCCCUGUGGCGUGAAACGCAGCGGUGGAACCUUGGUUUCUCCACUCUUAUAUAAUUUCCUUGCAAUACCUUGCGUACUUCAACCAGACAAUUAUAAGGACUUAAUCCCUGGUCUCAUUUAAGUAGUAUAAGAGUUUCUCUGUGGUUAAUACCAUCCUUCUACCCCUGUGGCGUGAAACGCAGUGGUGGAACUUUGGUUUCUCCACUCUUAUAUAAUUUCUAUAUAAUAAAUAUUAAUAAUUGUACAACA